GCAAUGCCAGCGGCACCAGAACACGGCUCCGGUACAUCUAAACAGCCCUGAGCCCACAGCACCAGCGAUUUCACUCGUCACAGGGGCGCCUCAGCCACAUCCGAGCUAAGCCCCGCCCCUGCGCGCCCCCCAGUCCCUCUCACCCUCAGCUCCCUCAUCCUUCUGUGCGCGUCCCCGACACUGAUGCUGCUGCUGGUGCUGCGGGCGGCGGGAGACGAGGGGGAACCGGAGAGAGAAAGGCCCCGGGCCGGACACACCCGGAGCGGAGACGCGGGUCGGAUCACUUGGACCCUGUCGGCUAUCCCGAUGCCUAUCUACCCUGUGUAUUGCUUGUGUAGUGCAAGAUGUGAAUGACAUCCUUUGAGGGCAAACCUGUAUUCCUGUUGCUACCAGUGAAGUGUCCUUGAUGCGAGAGCUAUACCACUUGGACCAUGCAUGGGGUUGGGCUGAAAGUGGCCCCCAGGAAGCUGAGUCUGGUCCUGUGGGUUCUGAGUGUCACCUCCCGUGUCCUGUCCUCUCAUGCACAGGUGUAUUCUCAGACCGUCAACACACACUACGGCAAACUGCGUGGCACACGUGUGCCCUUACCAAGCGAAAUCCUGGGUCCUGUGGAUCAGUACCUAGGAGUGCCCUAUGCUGCACCACCUGUGGGAGAGAAACGUUUUCUCCCACCAGAACCACCACCCUCCUGGUCCGGAAUAAGGAAUGCCACCCAUUUCUCUCCAGUGUGCCCUCAGAACAUACAGAAUGCAGUACCAGAUAUUAUGAUGCCUGUUUGGUUCACUUCAAACUUGGACACUGUGACAGGGUACUUGCAGGAACAGAGUGAGGAUUGCCUGUAUCUCAAUAUCUAUGUGCCCACAGAGGAUGUAAAGCGGAUUUCCAAGGAGUGUGUCCGAAAACCCAACAAGAAAAUAUGUAGGAAAGGAGGACCCAGCGCUAAGAAACAGGGGGAAGAGUUGUCGGAUAAUGACGAAGACGAGGAAGGAGAUAUCCGGGACACAGGAGCCAAGCCAGUCAUGGUUUAUAUACAUGGAGGAUCAUACAUGGAGGGCAGCGGGAACAUGAUCGAUGGCAGUGUGCUGGCCAGCUAUGGGAAUGUUGUAGUCAUCACCCUGAAUUAUCGUGUGGGAGUUCUGGGUUUUCUAAGCACUGGAGAUCAGGCAGCUAAGGGAAAUUAUGGGCUUCUAGACCAAAUCCAGGCCCUACGAUGGGUAAGCGAGAACGUGGCGUUCUUUGGAGGCGACCCUCACAGGAUUACUGUAUUCGGCUCUGGCAUCGGAGCAUCCUGCGUCAGCCUCCUCACUCUGUCUCACCAUUCUGAAGGUCUGUUUCAAAGAGCUAUCAUACAGAGUGGAUCUGCCUUAUCCAGUUGGGCUGUCAAUUACCAGCCAGUGAAGUACACACGACUACUUGCUGAAAAGGUGGGCUGCAAUGUGCUGGACACUGUGGACAUGGUGGAUUGCCUGCGGCAGAAGAGCGCCAAAGAGCUAGUGGAGCAAGAUAUUCAGCCUGCUCGUUAUCAUGUAGCUUUUGGCCCGGUAAUUGAUGGGGACGUUAUUCCAGAUGACCCAGAAAUCCUCAUGGAACAAGGGGAGUUCCUGAACUAUGAUAUAAUGCUAGGGGUCAACCAGGGUGAAGGACUCAAAUUUGUGGAAAAUGUGGUGGAUGCAGAAGAUGGUGUUUCCGGAAGUGAUUUUGAUUACUCAGUUUCCAACUUUGUGGACAAUCUGUACGGAUACCCAGAAGGCAAAGAUACACUUCGUGAGACUAUCAAGUUUAUGUACACUGACUGGGCUGACCGAGACAACCCAGAGACCCGCCGUAAGACUCUGGUUGCUUUGUUCACUGAUCACCAGUGGGUCGAACCAUCAGUUGUGACUGCUGACCUACACGCCCGCUAUGGUUCACCCACAUACUUCUAUGCCUUUUAUCACCAUUGCCAGAGCCUAAUGAAGCCUGCUUGGGCCGAUGCUGCCCAUGGAGACGAGGUGCCCUAUGUUUUUGGAGUCCCCAUGGUGGGUCCAACAGAUCUGUUCCCUUGUAACUUCUCCAAGAAUGAUGUCAUGCUGAGUGCUGUGGUUAUGACCUACUGGACUAAUUUUGCAAAAACUGGUGAUCCCAAUAAACCUGUGCCACAGGAUACCAAAUUCAUCCACACCAAGGCAAAUCGAUUUGAGGAGGUGGCGUGGUCAAAGUACAACCCACGUGAUCAGCUCUAUCUACACAUAGGUUUAAAACCACGAGUGCGUGAUCACUACAGGGCCACAAAGGUGGCAUUCUGGAAGCAUCUGGUACCACACCUGUACAAUCUACAUGAUAUGUUUCAUUACACCUCUACGACUACCAAGGUGCCACCAUCGGACACAACACAGAACUCUCACAUUACACGUCGGCCCAAGGUCUGGGACACAAAGCGUCCAGGUGUCUCGCCAACCUUUAAUGGCCCGGUAGCCAAGUGGGACCCUGAAUUAGAUCCCGUAGACCCUGUGGUAAUCCAGGAUCCGCGGGACUACUCAACAGAGUUAAGUGUUACAAUUGCUGUGGGAGCCUCCCUUCUGUUUCUCAAUGUCUUGGCCUUUGCUGCUUUGUAUUACCGCAAUGAUAAAAGACGUCAGGACACGCAACGCCAACCAAGCCCACAACGCCCAGCUGUCACUCGGGAUCCAGCACACAGUCCGGUUCCUCCUGAGGAGCUAAACUCUCUACAGAUAAAUGCAGGACACCCUGAAUGUGAGGGUGGGGGUGUCUCCGGUCAUGAUAACCUGCGUCUCCCCACCCUUCCCGAUUAUACACUUACUUUGCGCAGAUCUCCUGAUGACAUCCCACUCAUGACACCUAACACUAUCACCAUGAUCCCCAACUCAUUGGUGGGACUACAAAGCCUUCACCCAUACAACACCUUUUCUGCUGGCUUCAACAACACUGGUCUCCCGCACUCACACUCCACCACUAGAGUAUAGCGUCCCAUUAUGCUGCCCUUCCCCUUGCCCUAACAAAGAGCCACCACAAGAUGUUUGCAGACAAGGGGGAGGGAUAAUAACACAUUCCAUGCCCCCUAGAAGUGGGGGACAGCUGUGGAAACCUUUCUUUUUUAGGGAAAAAAGUGGCUGCUCAGUUCUAGCCCUCAAUGGAAACACAUGUUCUCUGUUUUUGCUUCCUCUAGUGCUUUUACCCUUGGGGAGGCACACAGAUGGUAAGAACAUCUUGACUACUGAUAAAUGUAUAGGUUUGCAGAGAAAUUCUUAAUUGUGUUUUGUGGAAUAAAACUAGCAGUAUCCAGGUGAAUUCUAAAGGUCAGGAGGUAAAUACGCCCAUUAUAAGACUAUUGCCCACUCUUGAUACCCCCACUAUCAUUUGCCCUCCUUUCACCUUUCUAUACUCCUACUUCCAGAAUCUGUGAAUGAAGAGUGGAGAUCAGCUAGUUAAUUUCUUGGCAAAUAGGGGGGUGGGUGGCCGUUAAGUCCAAUUCUUGUAUUUUUUACAUUUAGACCAGAGUUUUUCCAAGAUCUGUAAGAUAGCGUGGCUAUGUGUUUGGGUGUGUUAGCAGGAAAUCAGUUGGAGUUGGAGCUUCAAAAGAAACAUUUUGUAACCGUUUCUAAUUCUAUCCGGACACAUAUUCCAGCACUUUUUAUCCAAAAUGUGCCAAAUUCAUACACCAGCGUUAAGGGGUAUGGUAUAAUAAGACCCCAAAUUCAGGGGGGCAAGGACAAACUCCAACCCUACCCUCUUCCACUCAGUGCCAAAUACCAGAAAGUAGCCAUCUUCAACUGAGAGGAAGGUGGGUGUCUAAAACACAAAAAAGUCUUGGAUACAGGGGACAGACUGGCCUUAACGCUAUGGAGUGUGUUUAAUAAUACCAAACCAUGUGCCAAAUUUACAUCAUUCGUGUAUAGUGUGGAAGGAACCACUAGGUCAAUGUUUUCUUCCUGGUUACUUUGCUCAUUUAGUUUGGGUUCCCCAGCGGCGUGUACGAUUAGACAAUAGGGUAAGGGUUGGAUGCAGUGUCUCGUGAUUUGUGGAUUUCACUACAGUAUUUCCAUAGGUACACGUGUGGAGUGACUGGAAAAGAGACAACACAAAGUGAGAAACAACAUGGAGGCUUCUCCUACUGUGUGUAAAAAUAUACUGGCAAUGUUUGCACAGUUUGUAGGAUAAUGUGUUUUUAAAUACAUGUUAGUGCUCACACAAACGGUUUGAUAUAUAUACACACAACGCAAAGCUCCAGUGUUGUCUCUCUGAACGUGUGUGCAGCAAGGUAUGAGCAAUACUCUAUCUUUGGAUGUAUGGGAAUGGGUGCGUGUAUGUAUAUAUUAAUAGUAUAUGGGUCUUUGUGUGCAUGUGUGUAUUUCCAUGUACCUGUGUAUGUAUGUGCGUGUGCUUUUACACACACAUUUACAUACACACACACACACAAGUACACAUGAUCACUAAUAACGGUUGUAGAUAUUACUAACCUAGGUUUUUGCCUCCCUCCUCCCCCUGGGGCCCCCAACAAUCGUUUCAGCUUUUCUAUCAUUUUCCAUGAUUUUUUGGACAUGGAUUUUGUGACGCCGGGAGACGCCAUAGGGUCAAGUGACAGUUUUGUGACACAGAAGAACACCUGGGGUCAGUAUUUAUAGAAUGUAUUUAUACUGUAUCACAGGAAGUAGAAAAAAAAAUUCCAAAUAAAGAAAAUUCAUAUUUUUA